AACACAAAAACAUUUUCAAGAACCAUCACAUCUCUCCCCUUUUUUUCUUCUUCUUUGCCCCCUUCUCCAAGCUCUCCAACUUUCUAUAAAUAUCUUGAACCGGUCUUCAUAAAACAAAAACACUUCCCCUUUCUGUAUGGCUGCUUCUUCUCUUCUCACUAUGGACAAUAGCAGAACCAGACAAAACAUGAAUGGUUCUGCUAAUUGGUCCGGAAUAAGAUCAUCAGCAGCAUCUCUUGAAGAUCUUGAGAUCCCACCGAAGUUCAGAUCUUUUGCUCCUUCUUCAAUCUCAAUCUCUCCUUCUCUUGUCUCUCCUUCCACUUGUUUCAGUCCUUCUAUUUUUCUUGAUUCCCCUGCUUUUGUUGCCUCCUCUGCUAACGUUCUUGCUUCUCCAACCACAGGAGCUCUUCUCACAUAUGAAAAUAAUCAGAAAAGCAUCAACGAGGAAGAGAAGACGAAGAAGAACAACAACAACGUUAACUUCUUUGAUUUCUCAUUUCAGACACAAUCAUCAGGAGUUUCUGCUCCGACAAGAACAACAACAAACAGUUCUGUCUUGCAGUCACAGGAAACUCGUCCACACAGCAACACUCAUCAUCAAGCUGUAUCUUACAAUGGGCGAGAGCAGAGGAAAGGAGAGGACGGUUACAACUGGAGAAAGUACGGACAGAAACAGGUGAAAGGGAGCGAGAAUCCUCGGAGUUACUAUAAGUGUACUUUCCCAAACUGUCCAACUAAGAAGAAAGUGGAAACAUCUUUGGAAGGUCAGAUCACAGAGAUUGUGUAUAAAGGAAGCCAUAACCAUCCUAAACCUCAGUCCACUCGAAGAUCUUCUUCUUCUUCGUCGACGUUUCAUUCAGCUGUGUUUGAUCAUCAUGGUGAUCACUCUGAUUCCUUUGUGAUCCAACAAGAUGAUAAUAAUACUACUUCUGGUUCUCUUGGAGACGAUGAGUUAUCGGUUAUGAGCAGAGGAGAAGAAGAAGACUGUGGGAGUGAACCUGAAGCAAAGAGAUGGAAGGGAGAAAAUGAAACAAACGGUGGGAAUGGUAAUGGAAGCAAGACAGUGAGAGAGCCGAGGAUUGUUGUGCAGACAACAAGUGAUAUAGACAUUCUUGAUGAUGGUUACAGAUGGAGAAAGUACGGCCAAAAAGUCGUUAAAGGAAACCCUAAUCCAAGGAGCUACUACAAGUGCACAACCAAUGGUUGUCCGGUGAGAAAACAUGUUGAGAGAGCAUCACACGAUAUGAGAGCAGUAAUCACAACCUACGAAGGGAAACACAACCACGACGUGCCUGCGGCUCGUGGUAGCGGAUACACCACAAACAGACUGGCACAAGAGCCUUCUUCAGCACCAAUUAGACCAAAUGCUAUUGCUGGUCACUCUAAUUACACUACUUCUCAAGCACCAUAUACGCUUCAAAUGCUUCACCAAAACAACAACACUAGUGCCGGGUCUAUUGGUUACGCUAUGAACAAUAAUAACUUCCUUGGUGGUGGGUUCUCUAGAGCAAAAGAAGAACCAAACGAUGACUCCUCUUUCUUUGAUUCGUUUUUGUCUUGAAGUUGUGAAAAUUCGUUUUUCAUUCUGUACAUUUCUGGCAGAAAAGGAUUUAACUACUUACUAGUGGUCCUGCAGAUACUAAGACUAUAGUCUAUAUAGUCCAUAGAGAAAAUUAUUUCAUUUGUUUUUUUAGUGGCUCAUGCGAGGGCUUUCACACGCUUGUAAUGUAAUAAUAUCUUUAGUUCUUUUGUACCAUACAACUAGUUAAAAUGGAAUAAAGCCAUUCAGUUUUACA